AUGCCCCCUAAGAAAAGACAUAACCCCUCAAGUCAAGCCUUAGAUAAUGCAAGUCAAAUGAGUAGUGGUAGUGAAACUAUAAAAACAAAAGAUGAAUUACUAACACCUCCUUCAUCGCCAAAACCAAUUAAAUUACCAGUUCCAUUACAAGAUGAUCUUCCAGUAUGUAAAUUUGGGAAGAGUUGUAAAUUAACAAAUCCUUUACAUUUUAAAAGAUAUUAUCAUGGGAAUGAUACUGUAAUUGAUGCUGAUAAUAUGUCUUUGCAAGAUUCAAUCACAAACAUCGCAACAGCAAUGAAGCAAGAAUCACCACAAAAUAAAAUUACACUAUUUGAUGCAUAUAAAACUUUAUUGGCUUGUGCAUUAGAAGAGAACAAAGUUAGUGGUGAAGAAAAACGGUUGAUUCGUAAAUAUCAACAUUCAAUGAAAAUAGACAUUGAUCAACACGCUGGUAUUUUAGCUCAGUUAGGAUGGACUGAAGAAGAUUACAUAGAUGGAUUUAGGACAGUAAAGGAUUAUGAUGUUAGUAAAGAAUUAGAGAUGAUUCAAAAGAAUGAAACUGGAAUAAUUUGGAUUAAAAACGGAAGUAAAGAGUUUGGAACUGAAGGUGAGUCAGUAUUUGCUAAAGUACAUACUAAAUUUUUCCAAACGAUGUCUGGGGCACAAAGUAAUUUUACUGUUGUUCAAAUUGGAAUUAUUGUUAAUAAGGCAUUAAAAAUGCAAUACUUUGCUGAAAAAGGUAUACUUUCAAAACGUGGAUUUGGAGAAGAAGAAUGGGCUUUUCAUGGAUCUUCUGUUGAUUCUAUUCAAGGGAUAAGUAAAGAAGGAUUUAAAUUACCAGAUGACGUUGAUGCAGUAAAAUUAGAUUCAGGAUAUUUUGGGCAUGGAAUAUAUUUAACAUACUUUAGUGAUUAUGCAUUGUUUUAUUCUAACAACAGAAAUUCUAAUCAAAUGGUUUUAUGUCAAAUAUUACCAGGUAAUGUAUUUAAAUGUAAGAAAAGGAUGGACGGAAAGAAUUGUCAAAAAGGAUAUGACUCACAUUUUUCUCCUAAAGGAAAUGAAAUUGUUAUUUUUGAUCCAAAACAUAUUUUGCCUAAAUACAUCAUUGAAUUUAAAGUUAAUGAUGCAAAACAAAGACAACAAGAGUAUUAA